UUUCAGGGAAAUGCAAGUUUUCUGGAGUUUCUUUAUGCACCAGCUAAUACAAAUCUCUUUUUGCACUAAAUGUGACGCGUGGUUCUAUUUUCCCACAACUUUUUAGAUGACCAAUCGUGUACGAUCGUUGGCAACUCGGGUCACUGCAAGUUUAACAACAGUUCAGCCACUUUCAUCUUCUGCUGCUUCAACUGGUAAUGACGAGAUGAUGAUUGAGAAACCUUCCUUGAAACGAAUCGAAUCAUUCACUUCACAUAUACAUCAUUUUGCUAUCACAUCACCUAUUGCACAUCAUUCUUCGGAUGAAAAUGUUUCAAGUCCGGAAAGCCCAAAAUUGCAUGAUAUUGUGGAUGCUGCCCAGGAGGAGAACAUAGCAUUUAAAAAUGAAGCUGCAACGAAUCAAUAUUUCACGUAUGACGUUAAGCAUGCGCAACUCAGAAUAACGGUACUUGGUCCCGGUGGAGUUACUAUCCCCGAAGUGGAUCGAUUAAGGCAUUUGAUACCGGAUGGAACAAUUACUGUCAUGUGUUUAACUUGGAAUGUUGCCUCAAGGUCACAAAAUCAUUUAUCGAAUAUCGGAAAACUGAUUACAAAUGAAAGACCUACGGAUAGAGCUGAUCUGAUUUGUUUGUGUUUUCAGGAGCUUCCAUCAAUAAAUGCAUAUUAUCAUCAGGAAACGGUGAAGUCGCUAACCGAAGCUGUCGCAGACACACAUCUGAUAUUUUGCUGGGUACGGAAAUGGUCGCAACUGGUAAUUGUUUUUAUUCGGGAGUCUCUGGUUGCAUACACCUCAACUCCGGAAUGGCAGUUCAUCUCCUGUAGUCCAAUCGUCAAGCCAGUUCGAACGAAAGGAGCGAUUGCCGUUUUCUUUCGAAUUUUCCAGACAUCUGUCAUUUUUGUAGCCUGUCACAUGACUCAUGGACCAGUAUUGAAUCGUAUAUGUGAUUAUUCGAAAAUCUGUGAUUCACUGCGAUUUUCAGCACAAAGCGGUGCAUUGCCUUUUUCUGGCGUGAAAGAAGCUGAUUGUGUUUUCUGGUUUGGUGAUUUGAAUUUUCGCCUUCGAAGUAGGGAGCGAGUUGAUGCAUUGGAUUCACAAAGCAAAAAGCACGAAAAUAUGACAGACUCCUUCUUCGAUCAAUUACUCAUUGAUGAUGAGUUGACAUUAGAAAGGUGUAAAGGUAAUGUUUUUAAAGGUUUCAAUGAGGCUUAUAUCAACUUUCCACCCACGCAUAAGUUUAUUCUUGGCACUAACAAUUAUGUUAGUGAUCGGAUUCCAUCAUAUACGGAUCGAAUUUUGUAUUAUGCAAAAGAAUCAAGUCGUAUAAGACCCGGAAAAUAUGAUUGCUUAUGGGAAGAGAAUGCUUCUGAUCACAAGCCAGUUUAUGGCUUUUUCACUAUGCGUGUUUUGGAACAGCGGUAUUAAUGACUGAUAAAACCACUUGUAAAGUAUAUUUGAUGUUGCAUUCUUCUAUGUGGAAAAUUUUCUUAAAUGAAUGGAAUAUCAGAACUCUCGAAUAUCCAUUACUCUUCUCAACAGCAUGUUGUUUGCUGAACACUAAAACAUUUAUGCCAUCUUAUUUAUCGCUGUGAAAUUAUAAGUGCAACCACGAGUAACUUCAGCUGAUAAGGAGAUGAUAAACUGAUUUUCAC